AUGAAAACCACGCUCCUUACUCUUCUCCUAGCAGGCUUCACUCUCAUGGCCCUCCUUGCGUACAGCAGCCCCCUUCCCUCCCCAGCAACCCUCCACAACGACCCCAGUAUGAACUCAGGAGAUGAACCUUCAGCACCGCUCAUCUCCAAGAGUGCCUCUGCCCUUCAUACCUACAACACGUCUCCUCCUGGACUUCUCACCAUCCACACCGAUCCUGGCAUGCUCUCCACCCCAAAUCGAGAGAACCUGUCAAAUUCUACCCACUCCAAUGUCGACUCGCAGGGAUCGCAGCGAGGACCUUCAGGGACUAACGUACGCAAUCUUCGGAGAUCAUAUUUGCUCUUCUGGACCAGAUCUUGA